UUAGCAGCCUCACUUUCUCUCUGUCCUCUCUUCUCCCUAAAAAUAAUUUCUGUUGCAGAGAUCAUUCUCCCGACUGUGCGAACCGAUUGACCUAUAGAUACAUAUAUCUGUAUGUAUAUAUCUUCGCAUAGAGGGUGAGCUAUAGGAAGUGAAAUAUGGGCUGUUUUCUUUGCUCCGGCGAGUCAUCAGUUAGCAAAAAGCAAUCGAGGAAGAGAAGAGGCGGCGACGGCGACGGCAACGGAAACGGAUGUAAGAGAGACGAUCACUCAAAAGACCUACCAGAAACUACCAAGGUUAGUCAUCGAAAAUAUGUGGAAGAAGAUGAUGUACUAGUAAAGACAUCCGACGAGAAGCUGCCGGGAAAAUGGCUACACGACGGAAGUAUUCCUUCCGAAGCUGGGUGCAAAGCCCGGACAUUUAGCUUUCUCGAAUUAGCCGCUGCAACACAGAAUUUCAAGUGUAGUAAUUUCCUCGGGGAGGGAGGGUUUGGAAAAGUAUAUAAAGGUUGUAUUCAGGACACCGAUGAGGUCGUGGCCGUCAAACGUCUCGAUCGCAAUGGAUGCCAAGGGGUUAGAGAAUUCGUCGUGGAAGUCGUAACCUUAAGUAUGGCCGACCACCCUAAUCUUGUUAAACUUAUCGGCUUUUGCGCCGAGGGCGAUCAAAGGAUGUUGGUUUACGAGUUCAUGCCUCUCGGCUCUUUGGAGGAUCACUUGCACGACCUUCGACCCGGCCGAAAAGUAUUGGAUUGGAACACACGGAUGAAGAUAGCGGCCGGUGCAGCUCGAGGCUUAGAGUAUUUGCACGACAAGAUGAAGACACCGGUUAUAUAUCGUGAUUUGAAAUGUUCGAACAUUUUGCUCGGGGAAGGAUACCAUCCGAAGCUCUCCGAUUUCGGUUUGGCGAAAGUCGGGCCUUCGGGAGAUAAGACACAUGUCUCCACCCGAGUGAUGGGCACGUAUGGAUAUUGCGCGCCCGAUUAUGCAAUGACCGGACAGCUCACCUUCAAGUCGGAUAUAUACAGCUUUGGCGUCGUUCUUCUAGAGAUCAUCACGGGGAGGAGAGCCAUCGACAAUCGAAAAACUGGCUCGGAAGCAAAUCUCGUUACGUGGGCGAAGCCGUUGUUUAAGGACCGUAAAAAAUUUCACCAAAUGGCGGAUCCGGCGCUGGAGGGGCAGUACCCGUCGAGAGGCUUAUACCAAGCUCUAGCGAUCGCAGCCAUGUGUGUCCAAGAGCAGCCCGGCAUGCGACCGCUGAUCGCGGACAUUGUUACGGCUCUGAACUAUCUAUCUUCCCAGAAAUACGAACCGAGCAGCCAUCAUCAUAGGACCCGAAGAAGCUUCGAUUGUUGAUCAGAUCAGAUUCGUCGAGUCAAGUCGCACGGCUGUAGUCCGUUUUCGUUACGGUAUGAGAUCACCGGCGCCGGUGCUGGUUCUAAGAGUUAGCCGUUCGUAGAAAGGCUCCGGCGAGGGGUUGAGGAUCGCUGCUCUGAUUAAAAAUGUUCCUAUGAAGAAACUAGGAAAAGCAGCUGAAGAGAGAGAGAGAGAGAGAUAGAAAGAGGAAUAGAAUGGUGUUUGUUUGUUUGUUUGUUAUAACAAAUAAUUCUGUAUAGCAUAGCAUAUUUAUCUAUCUGUUGAUGAUGAAGAAUGAGUUCAUAGAGAAUAUACCAGAGGGAGGGAAUUUGCUUGCUGUAGCUUUUGUGGGAGGGUUUGCUUGCUGUAGCUUUUGUAUUUUAACAGACAACCUACUAUAAUUACAAAUAAGCCAAACCACAGGUGGGCUAAAAUUUAGUGCUAACC